AUGAGUAACGAUAAAGGCAAAGCACAUUGGGAUGUGAGCACCACAGGUGUAUUUCUGAAAAUAUGUGUUGAUCGGAUUUAUAACAAGCUUCGUCAAGGAUCUUCAUUUACAAAACCAGGUUGGGACAAUAUUCAUAGAGAAUUCAAUGAAAAGACAGGGAAAGGAUAUGAAAAAAAACAGCUGAAAAAUAGAUUAGAUAAUUUGAGAAAAGAGUGGAAGACAUUUGAUAAACUAAUUGCUAAGGAGACCGGCAUAGGGUGGGACCCUGAAAGGAACACGCAAGAAGGUUCAGGGGAUAGGCAAGAAGGUUCAGGGGAUAGUGAAGAAGACAUUGGACGCCGUGCAGGAGUUUCAGACUUUUUGGACGGCAUCAAUUUAAUUGCAAACACAUCGAACACUGCACCCACUGUACCUAGUGCUUCAGGGAGUCAAGGGAAGAGGAAGAGAGGUGAAGGGUUGGACAAGUACAAGAAGCAAAAGAUGCCAGCGACAAGAAGAAUAGCAGAUUCAGUAAGUUCGAUUGAAAAGGCUUCAAUUAGUACAGCAGAGGCAAUAAACAAAAUCUGCAACAGUGAUAACACUACUGAGCUUACUGCUGAUCUACUGAGUAUGCCUGAAAUAGUCAAUGACUUACAACUUUGUGUGACAUGUUGUAAUCUGCUGGCUAACAAGACAUUCAGGGACAUAUAUGCUGGUUUGAGAGAAAAUCGGGAGGUAUUAAUAGCUUGGUUGAAGCAUAAUGCUGCGAACCCCCCGCCAUAUGCUGCACCGAAGAACCCCCCGCCAUAG